GGAGUAUUAAAAAUUUUGUGAGAUAUUACUCAAAAUACAAUAAGACAAAAUUGGAAAAAAAAAAAAGAGAAAAAAAGAGGACAAUUACCUGCCAAGAAUAUGAAUAACUUCCAUGGCUCGUGAAGAAAAAUGGCAAAUCAAAGGACAGCUCUCUCUGCUGCUAUUCACUCUCGUGUCACCAUUAUUUAUUCCUACUCCGUACUCCCACCAAAAACAAACACUCCGUUUCCUUCUGCUCUCUCUUCCAAAUUCCCAUAACAAAAUCAAUUUCUCUCACACUCUCCUUUUCGUAAUUCAGUACUGAUCAGUUAAUCAUGCUUCCUUCACUCUCCCUUUAUUCCUACAUACAAAAAUUACGGUUCGUCAGUCGCGUCCGCCGGUUCCUUUGCUCCAGAUCAUCUCGUAAGCGAUUCCGUUUGCCGUCUGAUCCAUCGGAUAUUCCCAGGCCCAAAGUUAGGGAAAUAGAACAGAGUAUUAUCCGGAAGUAUGAUCAGGCCGUGUUGCAGAGAACAGUGAAGAGCCUCCACUUCGGCGACGGAGACGAAAAAGAGAGAGCCGCCAAGGAAAUUGAGAGGUUCAUUAAAGAAAGCGCCAAGGUUAGAAAGCUGAUUGUGGAUCUUGGAGUUAUACCUGCUUUGGUGGCGAUGGCGGAUUCCGAUCCCUUGGCGGUGAGGGCCUUGAUUCAACUUGCUAAUCAUACUUACCUGAACAAAACACUAAUGGUGGAGGAAGGAAUCUUGACAAAACUACCAAACAACCCCCAGUUCACAAAAAUGGACUCAUCCAGCCAUGAAUUUCCAGAGCUUUUACUUUCACUUUCUUGUCUAGCAAACACCCAAUUGUUUCUUGCUUCAACAGAACCAGUAAUUUCAUAUCUCUUAACCAUACUCAAUAAUUCAGAAUCCAACCCCAAAACCAAAAUGUUUUGUUUAGCAACUUUAUUCAACAUUUCCACCGUCCUAGAAAAUGCAGAAACCUUAAUCUCAAACGGUGUGGUUCCAACGCUACUCAGAUUCUCCAGCAUCAAAGAAUUCUCAGAGAAAGCCCUACCGACAUUAGCAAACUUGGCAGUGACUUCAAAAGGAAAGCAAGCUCUGGAAAGCAACUCAACAUUCCCAGAGAUUUUGAUAGAGAUUUUGACAUGGGAAGAGAAACCCAAUUGCCAAGAACUCUCAGUUUACAUCAUAAUGAUUCUGGCACAUCAAAGCUGGGCUCAAAGAGAGAGAUUGGCCAAGUCCAGCGUUAUUGUCCCUGCGCUGCUGGGAUUGGCCUUGUUAGGAAGUCCAUUAGCUCAAAAGAGAGCUUUGAAACUGCUGCAAUGGUUUAAAGAGGAGAGGCAGGCGAAAGUCGGGGUGCAUUCUGGACCUCAGAUUGCUGGGAUAGUUGAAGUAGGCUCAGGAUUCAGUGAGAAGGAGAUUGAGAAAGGCAAGAGGAUGAUGAGAAGCUUGGUGAAGCAGAGUUUGUAUAAGAAUAUGGAGAUAAUAACUAGGCGAGCCAAUGGUGGGGAAUGUUUAAGUCCACGGAUUAGGAGGACUUUGGUUUGUAGCACUAGUUCUAAGAGUUUGCCUUUUUGAAAGGUUUUCAAAUCCAUAUCACAUUUAUGAUCUUUCAUCAUCUGCUUCUGUGUAUUGUAUUGUCAUCUUUGCAGGUCAAUCAAAGGCCAACGAUAUCUAGAAAAUGAAUGAGUCGAUAUUAGAUAGAUAUAAUAUCUGUCUGAAAAUAAGUUGGUUAUAGGAGGAAUAAUUCAUGUCA